AGCGAGUCCGCGCGGGCGGCGCCAGGGCGGCGGAGGACGGAUUCAGGCCCAAAGGGGAUUGGGCGGCGGCUCUAGCUGGCGGGUCUUGGUUUGCGGAAGGGGCUGGAGUCCCUGCUUCUGGGUGACCGGCGCUAGGCCCGGCCAAUCCCGCCGCCGCCACCCACCCGCAACCGUGUCGGUUGACGGGCGGGUCCUUGGUCGCCAUUCCCUUGCGGAGCACCAGAGAGCGGGGUGGCGUCCGCUCCCUCAAGUCCUCGGUGCUGGGGAAUUCACCGCUCACCACACCCUGCCCCGCCUAAGGUCCUGCUCGGGGACCAAACCACUGGAAGGCAGUGGCGGGAAAGGGGCGCCUGUGCCGGAGAGUUGAGGGAACAUGAGCCAUUUGCAGACCUUAUUGUUAGACACCCUCUUGGGAACCAAGCACGUGGACAGUGCAGCCCUCAUCAAAAUCCAGGAGCGGAGCCUGUGUGUAGCAUCACCAGGUUUUAAUGUAAUGCCCAGUGAUGUCCGAACACUGGUGAAUGGAUUUGCCAAGAACCCUUUGCAAACCCGAAGAGAAGGAUUGUAUUUCAAGGAAAAGGAUUACAGAUGUGUCCGGGCAGAUGAAUAUUCUCUUUAUGCCAAAAAUGAGAACACUGGUGUGGUUGUCGUGAAGACCCAUCUGUAUCUUCUGGUGGCAACUUACACUGAGGGCAUGUAUCCUAGUGUCUGUGUGGAAGCCACAGAGAGCCUGGGAGACUACCUAAGAAAAAAAGGAAGUUAAGUCAUCAGAGGCCCAUGAAAGACACUUUUAUUGUUUUAGAAGAAAAUUGGAGAGCCUAAAGAAAAAAUAUUUUAUGGUUGAAAAAACACUAGAUAGAAGCCACUAAAAAAGAAGAAUGAAUUAAGGGAGUGAUUUUUAUUACUUCAAGAGAUCCUCUUCUUUCAUUGAAAUUACUUGAUCAACUUUUUUUUUUUUAAAUAAGUAUUGGUCAU